CUCAGCAACAAGAGUCUGUAAACGCGGCUUGUUCAAAAGUUACACAAAUGUUACUAUCUAAACGACAAGCAACUGUCAGGGAAAGAAAACAUGAUUACUUAUACGGCAAGCUAUAUUCUGUGUCCUAUAAUUUCCUUUUACUUUAGACCCUCUAUAUAGCCUUUCAAGUGCGGCUGAUCAUGAACGUGUUGCUACUAAAGCACGUGCAAAUCUGACCAAAAUGCAGAAACUAUUUUCUUUUGAAAAUUUAUUCAGCGAAAUUCCCACUUAUCAACCGUUUAGAUGGCGUUUCAGCAUUGAAGAUCCAGUUCCUGCAUCGGUGUCACGGCAUUUUCACCCAGUAGACUUAUGCAAAGAAUUGGUUAAAAUUCAGCUCAGAAAAGGUGAAAGUCCAAUGGAUGGUCACACGUUUAGUGGCAUGGAUAGACCCAAAUACUUCACUUACUAUACGUCAUCAGUCUAUCCCUAUCCCACAGCGGAUCUACAGAACUGGAGUACUACAUUAGAAUCUGUGACUGGAAAUCAGAAUAUAACACAAACAAAUUUAAUCUCACAACCGCCUACCUAUGUAUCACGUUAUGUGCAAACGAUGUAUCGUGAUUCAGAAGCACAAACUGAUCCAUAUUCACCUCCAUAUGUUGUCAGUGUCGGUGAAACACCGGAGACACUGACAUUAGCCACUUUGGGCUAUGGGCAUGGAUUACCCGCUGGAUUAUAUGAUGUUGAAACAAUAGAACGUGCUAGACAAAGGCGUGAAGUUGAAUCAAAUUUGGAGCCUUAUAAAGAUAUUGCAAAUGAUCCAGUAAAGGUUGCUAAACGACGAAAAAUCCUAGAAAAAUUAGAAAAUCGUGAAUGGUAUUAUAGAGAACGUGAAGUUGAAGCACUUCAAGAAGUUCGAUUAAAUGUGCUCACUGAACUAUUACGUAGACGUGAAGAACGUCAACAAGAAAUAAUGGCCAAACGACUUGAUAGAACAUGGCAAGAACGAUGUGCAAAAAAAGAAGCAAAAUGUAGAGCUAUACAAUAUCGUUAUAUUGCAGAGCUGCGUAAAUUGUUGAAACGUCGAAUAGCCAGUAAAGAAUUCAAAUUUAAACGUGAUGUAAUCAGUGAUUACGCAACGCCUUCAUCUCAAGUAUUUGCUCCACUUACUCGUCUUGGUGUCUUUCCAGAUCGUAGUUCUGAAAGUUAUGUUGUCAAAAAUGCGUAUUUAACCAGUUAUGAAGGUUUACUUGCUUUAGAAGCCAGUUUACCACGCUUUGUCUUUGAACCAAGAAUCAAAAUAAAAAAGCCAGUUAUUUAUACUAAAGAUGGAUUUCUAAGACGGGAAUACCGUCAUCAAGAAGAAUUAGCCGAGUUGCACAAUUAUUUGCUGAAGACAUCAUUGAAUGAAGAGAAUAAUAUUGUAAGAAAACCGAGAUUUUUACAAAAGAUUGAAAAGCCUAUACCACGCCCACUGACACCGGGUAUUUCUCCACCGACUAGUGAAGAAUCAGAAGAACAUGAAUUAGCUGCCACUGUAUUGCAAAGUUUAAUCCGUGGACGUGCUAUACAGACACAAAUGUAUGAAGGUAAAGAAAAACGUCGUGAACUUAUUUCUGAGCUUAGAUCAACGCACGCUUUAUUAAAAGAUGAACAAGCUCAAAAAAAACGUCAAAAGUUGACAAUAUUAUCUAGACAAGAGGAUCACGAUCACCUAAUACACCAGGACAAUAGAAUGGAAGCCAUCUUGGGACGAUUUGAAAGUGACAGUUUGGCCAAUAUGUUAGAUUUCUUAAGUAAAGAAUUAGAUAGACUGAUUGAAGAACGACGUGCACAUGCCUUAAUUUUAUUGGCCGAACGCCAAAGACGAAUAAGAGAAGCUGAAGAAAGUGGCACACGCCAAAAGGAAGAGCGUAGAAGACGAGAACAAGAUGAAAUAUUCAAACAGCUCGUCAAAGUGCAUGAAGAGACAGUUGAUAAUUAUUUGGCAAAUAUUGCUGGUUUAACUGUGGACACUACUGCUAGUCAAUUGGCUAGAGAAGAAAUUUCAAAAUUAGCUAAGCAAAUUGAUGAAGAUUCACAUCUUUAUGAAAUGAAUCGUGAUGAAUUAAAGUCAGAUGAAUUAGCAGCCGAACUAGUGCAUAACUUUUUGAUACCAUAUGUAAGUAUGUGUGUGUGUGCGUAUUUUUGUAAGUGUUUAUCACUCCUUUUACAUUCUACUUUAUUUUCCCUUUAAUUCUUAACCAGUUAACAUUUAUGUUACACAUCGUGUAUAAAUCAAAGUUGAUAAGUGGUUGCUUAGACUACUAGAGUGUGAGUUGUUAGACACAGAUAAUGACACAUUGAUUACAUAAUGUAAAUAUAUUAUCCAUACCCCAUACUAUCUUUUAUUUUUUAAUGAGAUAAGGUACACUAGUAAACAGCAUUUUAGAAUGAAAUGUAAUAAUUACUCUAAAUACUCCUAACUUUUCAUAAAUUAUGGUUAUAUUUGAAUAAUUUUUUAAUAAAUCAGUUAGGUGAAUGUCGUUGGUGAAUAGUUUAACUUAGUGCCAUGAUGUAAUCACAAAAUUUGUUUUGGCAGUUCAAAAUACGAGAGAGGUGAAAUGAGACAUGCUUAUUUCGUGAGAGUCUAUAAUGAUAACACUCGGCUUAGCCUGGGAGAAAUUAUCCAGUAGGAUAUGUCAGCAUAAAUUGGUAGGUUUAUCUCAAAAGACUUCAUACAAAUGAAUUAUCUCAUGACAUCUUUGCAUACCGCUGUCUGAAAGCUGUCCUACAUCGUUUGUUUUGUUAUCAUUUCAGAAUAAGUGUUCAAUAACUAGAUUAUAUUCCUAAGCAGUUUUUAGUUGCAA